AAUUCAGUAUUCAGUCGGCUAGCUCGCUUCGGAGACAUAGCAUCAUGUUGGAAUACAUACUCAUAUUGCCACUGGGCAUCGUCGCUUUUUUAUACUUCUACACGCAGAAGCACUUUCAAUACUGGGCCCAAAAAGGAGUCAAACAUGAGAAACCAGUACCGAUAUUCGGAAACGUAAAAGACAUCAUGCUGAUGCGCUCCACCACCGGUCAAGGAAUGCAAAGGCUAUACAACCUCUUCCCCGAUGAACCCUUCAUAGGAGUCUACCAAUCCAAAAAACCCGUACUCCUCAUACGAGACCCGGAAUUAAUUAAACAAGUACUCGUCAAAGAUUUCCAACACUUUCCCAACCGCGGAAUCGUGAGCAACCACAAACUGGAUCCACUAUCCGAAAACUUAUUCAACAUGGAAGGACAAAAGUGGAAAGAUCUACGCCACAAAUUGACACCAACAUUCACUUCUGGGAAACUGAAAUCCAUGUUCGCAUCAUUGGCGGAAUGCGGAAAAGAAUUCAACUCGUACUUGAAAGAAAUCACCGCCGAACAAAACAUAUUCGAAAUGCUUGAUUUGAGCGGCAAUUUCACGACUCAAGUGAUUGGUUCGUGCGUUUUUGGAAUAAACAUAAACUCGAUUAAGGAUCCUGAUUCUGAAUUUAGGAAAAUGGGAAAGAAAGCCUUUGAACCGAGUCCUAUGGUGUUUGUGAAAAGAUUUAUUAGAUCAACAACGCCUGCGUUGUUUAGACUUUUGAAAAUGAAGGUUAUAGCUCCAGAGGUUGAGAAUUUUUUCCUGACUGUAGUAAAAGAUAUGUUAGACUACCGUACAAAGAACAAUGUCAAGAGAGCUGAUUUUUUACAAAUUCUAAUGGAUUUAAAGGAGCAAGAGUUGCAAGGAAUAAACCAAGAUAAACAACUAAACUUUAAAAUGGAUGACAACCUUUUAGCAGCCCAAAUGUUUGUAUUCUUUGUUGCUGGAUUUGAAACUUCAUCCACAACAAUGAGCUUUUGUCUAUAUGAACUAGCACUAAACUGCGAUAUUCAAAAAAGAGUGCACGAAGAAAUAGAUGAAGUACUGGAACAACAUGAUGGGAAUUUAAGUUAUGAAAGUGUUUUACAACUAGAAUAUCUAGAGCAAGUUAUCAGUGAGACAAUGAGGAAGCAUUCGCCUGCCGGAAAUUUGAUAAGAAAAUGUGAAAUACCGUACAUAAUACCUGAUACAAAAAUAACAUUGAAAAAGGGUGAUUCUAUCAUAAUACCAGUGCAUGCUUUACAUCAUGACCCAAAAUAUUUUCCGAGUCCUGAGCAAUUUGAUCCAGAACGGUUUUCGAAGGAAGCCAAGGAAUCUAGACAUCCUUAUUGCUAUCUGCCGUUUGGCGAAGGACCGAGGAUAUGUAUAGGAUUGCGUUUUGCAAAAUUCCAAACAGCAGUGGGCUUGAUUUCAAUUCUACAAGAUUUCGAAGUAGUUCCAUGUGAAGAAACUGAAAUACCUUUGACCUACAACCCUAAAAAUUUAGUUUUAAGAGCCAAACAUGGAAUUCGAUUAAGACUAAAGAGAAGGUCUGAUAAAAAUAUAAUGGACUAA